UUAGUUUUUAUAGUCAGAGCGAGUGAAAAUGUCUCUGCCAAAUCUCUGGAGUUUCCAUCACAUUCUCAUGCUGUCUGCAUUCACCAGCACAGCUAAUGGAUAUUAUAAUUACCAAUGGACACAGUGCAUCUACAGCUCCAGUGAUUUCAGUGACAUGGUGUUCUUGGAUGGCUAUUACUUCAAUAAAUAUCUGUACUUACAGUUCAACAGCACCGUGGGAAAGUUUGUGGGGUUUACUGAGUUUGGAGUGAGAUAUGCAGAGAUCUGGAACAAAAAUCCAGCGAUCUUGCAGCAUUAUAGGGCUGAAGUUGAUAGAUUCUGUAAACCUAAUGCUGUACUGUACAAAAAGGAUAUCCAUGAUAAAGCAGUGGCGCCAGUUGUGAAGCUGAGUUUAGUGAAGCAGGGCGACAGCAGACACCCAUCACUGCUGAUGUGCAGUGCGUAUGACUUCUACCCUGAGAAAAUCAAAGUGUCCUGGCUGAGGGACGGUGUAGUGGUGACUUCUGACGUGACCUCAACUGAGAAGAUGCCCAAUGGAGACUGGUACUACCAGAUUCACACUGAGCUGGAAUACAUUCCCAAAGCCGGAGAGAAGAUCUCCUGUAUGGUGGAGCAUGCCGGCUUUGAGAAACCCAUGAUCUAUGAUUGGAACCCUCCUCUCCCUGAGUUUGAGUGGAACACGCCGCUGUUAUUCACUGCUGGAGUUGCUGCACUGAUGCUGGGAAUCAUCAUAGCGGCUGCUGGAUUCAUUUACUACAAGUCAAAAUAAACAGAUGAGAUCAUAGUACUACAAUAAUGAUGGUCCUCAUCCUGACUGAAAGAUGCCUCAUAAUGGAGAAACACACUCUUCAUGACACAACUAACACAUGCAGUGUGUUUCAAAAUAACCUUUAGGAUGAAAAUAGAAGCGUAGCAUCAUGUCUGAUGCGUUUCUGUCUGAUAUUUCAGCCUCUUUAGGCAGUAUUAGUAAUGAUGUGAAUGACUGAAGGAAUUACAUACCGUCAGGGGUUUCCCGCCAUCACAAACACCUCAGUCACCUCAGUGACCAAUCACAACACUCACCCGCUCACAGUACCUGACUACUGAUCACCCACACCUGCACCCACUAAUCAGGACUCCCAUAUAUACACACACAGAUCUCAGUCUCUCAUCGUCUGGUCUACCUUUCACUUCAUUGGGCUACCAGACUACCUACCUGCUACUUACCAGCGAAUGCUUACCUUCAGCUCCUCCACCGCUCCUGUGUUCCCGAACUCCACCGUUGUCACAUCCUGGCAAAGCUGCAAGACAAACAAACUAUUUACAUUGAACUUUACUUACCUGCUUCCAGUCAUUUAUGCUCAUCAUCUGCAUCUGUUCAAUAAACAUACCUAUUUUAACUAUU